CGAAAACCGAGCGGUCCGUUUUUUCUUUCUUUUUCUUUGAGCACGGUCCGGUUACCCAUUGCUAUCCUUACACAAAAAAAAAAAAAAAGAAAAAUUGCAGGGAAGGGUUUGCCAAGAGAAGAAAUGGCAGUGAGCUUGGAAGGAGAGAAGGUGAUACUUGUACCCUACAUGGAAGCUCACGUGCCAACGUACCAUCAAUGGAUGCAAGACCCGGAUCUCCUCCACGCAACCGGAUCGGAGCCUCUCUCUCUUGAAGAGGAAUACAAGAUGCAGCUUUCUUGGACCCAAGACCCACUCAAGAGGACUUUUAUUGUGUUGGAUAAGAAGUUGUUAGAAGGAGAGUUUGUUCAUGGAGAUUCCCAUGUGGAAGCCAUGGUAGGCGAUGUAAACAUAUAUAUGAACGACUUGGAUGAUCCCCAAAUGGCUGAGAUCGAGAUAAUGAUAGCUGAACCCAAAAGCCGUGGUAAAGGACUUGCGAAGGAAUCUGUGUUAAUGAUGAUGGCCCACGCUGUCCAGGACCUAGGGAUCCAUCUUUUCCGUGCUAAAAUUGGAGAAUCAAAUGGAGCAUCUCUUAAUAUGUUCCGUAAUUUGGGAUUUGAGGAGGCUUCUUAUAGUAAAAUCUUCAAGGAGGUGACAUUGGAGUUACCAGUGACGAAGUCCAAGCAUGAGGAGUUGCUGAAUUUGAUUGGUAAUGUGGUUACACAUACGCAUCCCUGAAGAGCCAUCUGUUGAUUUUCUCAUAUUACUCACAGGGAACUCUGUCCUGGUAAUUUAUAUCUUGCUAAGAAGUUUUAAGAUUGCUUUCUUGACUUCACAAUGUCACUGAGAAAAACUCCAAUCUCCCUCUUUCUGCUCUACCAUUCAAGUGACCUAUCCUAAGGAUAGGAAUUUCAAUCAUGUUGAAACAUGACAUUGCUAAUUUGUCAUUUCCUGUUUAUAUUUUACCAUGUUUUGGUGUUUUAUUAAUACUAAACUACCUGGAUGAAAUGUUUAAA